CUGCGUGAGUAGGGGCCGGCCGGGCUCUAGUUGGGAAACUCAUCGCCUCUCCUGCGGCCGCUGUCCCCACCCUCCCCCGGUCAGCCGGGCCCAGAAGCCAGAGCCUGCGGUUCCCGUCGUCCCGAAGUGCGAGAAGCGCAGCCGCAGCCCCGCGCCCAGGUGCCCCGGGAGUCCGUUCCCGGGCCUUGGUCUCCCCCCUCUGUGCGACGCCACAGGAAGUCCCGAGACGCCGCCUCUGCGCGGCCGACCCUCUCACGCGCCUGCAACACGUGGGCCCGGCGGGCGGGGUGCGGGGCGCUCGGCGUUCCCCCGGCCGGGGUAGGCGGCUGCACCCAGAGCUCCCGGAGCGCCCGAGGUCGCCGGCCCUCCCCCUGUCGGGCGGGGCCGCUGCCCGGCCGCCCCUUUAUCUGCCGGCUCCGCCACCCAGGCCGCCGCGGCCCUCCCAGCUCGGCUUCGGCUCAGUAGACAGAAGCCACCGAAGUUUGCCUGACAUCCAUCAAACCGAAGUUUCCCUGACAUCCAGGCCCUAGUCACCCGGCUUUGCCUUUGCCUUGCUGUGUGAUCUUAGCUCCCUGCCCGGGCCCACAGCCAUGGCCAUGGCCAUGGCCCAGAAGCUCGGCUACCUCCUGCCCAGACUGCGGCAUGUCAUCCAGGAGCCUCAGCCGUCUCUGCAGCCAGAGCCUGUCUUCACAGUGAACCAGGCCGAAGUGCCACCACUCUUCUGGAAGCCCUAUAUCUAUGUGGGUUACCGGCCGCUGCAUCGGACCUGGCGCUUCUACUUCCGCACGCUGUUCCAGCAGCACAACGAGGCUGUGAAUGUCUGGACCCACCUGCUGGCGGCCCUGGUGCUGCUGUUGCGGCUGGCUCUCUUUGUGGGGACCGUGGACUUCUGGGGAGACCCACAUGCCCUGCCCCUCUUCAUCAUUGUCCUCGCCUCUUUCACCUACCUCUCCUUCAGUGCCUUGGCUCACCUCCUGCAGGCCAAGUCCGAGUUCUGGCAUUACAGCUUCUUCUUCCUGGACUAUGUGGGGGUGGCUGUGUACCAGUUUGGCAGCGCCUUGGCACACUUCUACUAUGCUAUCGAGCCCACCUGGCAUGCUCAGGUGCAGGCCGUUUUUCUGCCCAUGGCUGCCUUUCUCGCCUGGCUUUCCUGCAUUGGCUCUUGCUAUAACAAGUACAUCCAGAAACCAGGCCUGCUGGGCCGCAUAUGCCAGGAGGUGCCCUCAGUCCUGGCCUACGCGCUGGACAUCAGUCCUGUGGUGCAUCGUAUCUUGGUGUCCUCUGACCCUGCCACGGAUGACCCAGCUCUUCUCUACCACAAGUGCCAGGUGGUCUUCUUUCUGCUGGCUGCUGCUUUCUUCUCUACCUUCAUGCCCGAGCGCUGGUUCCCCGGCAGCUGCCAUGUCUUUGGGCAGGGCCACCAACUUUUCCACAUCUUCUUGGUGCUGUGCACGUUGGCUCAGCUGGAGGCUGUGGCACUGGACUAUCAGGCCCGACGGCCCAUCUAUGAGCCUCUGCACAUGCACUGGCCUCACAACUUCUUUGGCCUCUUCCUGCUCACGGUGGGCAGCAGCGUCCUCACUGCAUUUCUCCUGAGCCAGCUGGUACAGCGCAAACUUGAUCAGAAGACCAAGUGAAGGGGGGGGCAUCUGGUAGCGGGGGAGGUAGAGUGGGGGGACAGGGGUCUGCGCUUGGCUCCAGGUGGAAGCAAGUCCUGGUAAAGUUGUUUGUGUCUGGCCCACGGUGACUCUAUAAACAACUCAACUGCCAAGGGCGUCACUGACCAAUUCUUGGAUUUAGGGAUUGGCUGGGAGCUGCUGGGGUCCACUCCUGGGCCUGCCCAGCUCCUUGUGCUGGGAGAAGGAAAGAGUUAAAAGUGUGGGCCACUCCAGUUUGCUCCUCCACUGCUACUCACUGGGAUUACUUAGUGAGGAUUGGGGCAUCUAGAUUGUCUGGGCCGGAGGUAAAACUUAGGCCAGAGUCAGAUUUGAGCUGAGGCAGGGGAGGCCUUGGCAACCCACCUCUACUCAGAUUUCAUUGCUGGAUACAGACGGGGCAGGCCCAAAAUAGAUGCAGGAUCUUACUGCCCCUUGAAGCCCAGCUACAGGUGUUGGAGCUGCAGAGAGACCCCAAGGUAAUAGACUGUGCCAGAUACAAAUGGGUCCCUCCAGUGCUUAUACCCCUUCAGUCACCAUCCCAGACAGUGAGUCCCAGAUCUUCUAGCUGUGGCUUCUGUGUCCUACACAGCCUGUUCCCAGCUUCUCUCCUAGUUCUAUUUUUAAGAAUUCAUUUAUCCAUUCAGUGUUUCCUGGGCCUCUGCUCAGAGGCAGGUGACUGCUGGACCCUGUGGAUCAAUGCAAGAUGACAAAGGCUUUUUUUUUUUUUUUUGAGAUGGAAUUUCCCUCUUGUUGCACAGGUUGGAGUGCAAUAGUGCAAUCUCGGCUCACAGAAUUUCCACCUUCUAGGUUCAAGUGAUUCUCCUCCCUGAGUCUCCUGAGUAGCUGGGAUUACAGGCAUGCAUAACCAUGCCCAGCUAAUUUUUUGUAUUUUUAGUAGAGAUGGGCUUUCUCCAUGUUGGUCAGGCUGGUCUCAGACUCCUGACCUCAGGUGAUCUGCCUGCCUAGGCCUCUCAAAGUGCUGGGAUUACAGGCAUGAGCCACCGUGCCCGGCAGACAAAGGCUUUGAUAUCAGAACGAACUGUCAAGGGAAGCGCUGAGGAAGGAAUAACCAGACCUCAGGGUCUUGGGUUGGGGAGUGUGAAUAGGAGUUUGCAGAUGGAGAACAGGAGGGCAUUCCAGGCAGAGGGAAACCUGUGCAGAGACCCAGAGGUGUGGAAGGAAAAAGGGCUGGGGCUUGGGUGGUCUGGAUUAUGGCCUAGAUGCAAUAAAGUGUGACAGUAGC